AUGGCUUUUGGUGGAGGAGGAGGCUUCAAUUUUGGAGGCUCGUCAACUCCCGCAUUUGGCGCGUCUUCGACGCCUGCAUUUGGCAGCUCAGCAUCCACACCUGCUUUCGGCUCUGGAGGCUUUGGUGCAGCAGCAUCGACGCCAGCGUUUGGGGCAGCGGCAUCCACCCCAGCCUUUGGGACGUCCACUGGCUUCACAGGCUUUGGCGGCAGCGGCGGGGCCUUUGGGGCCUCUUCCGCUCCUGCCUUUGGAGCAUCUUCCGCCCCUUUUGGCGCAGCAUCAACCCCUGCCUUUGGUGCCCCCGCAUCGACCCCCGGCUUCGGCGCCGCAUCCGCGCCGGCUUUUGGCACCCCGUCAACGCCCGCCUUUGGCGCAUCAGCUCCAGGAUUUGGAGGCUUCGGAAGCGCGGCGUCUUCUGCGUCAGCAUUCGGGACGCCCACCUCCACGCCGGCGUUUGGGGGCGGCUUUGGGGCGUCCACCCCGGCCUUUGGGGCGCCCACCUCUAGCGCGGCGUCCGCGCCGUCGUUCGGCGGCUUCGGUGCGUCCACGGCCGCGUUCGGCGCAGGAUCCGCGCCAGCCUUUGGUGCGUCCCCGGCGACGCCAGGUUUCGGCGGUUUGUUUGCCAGCUCAGCCCCGUCAGGAGGCCUCUUUGGGACCACACAGACCUCCUUGGCCCCUGUCAACACAUCUUCAGCUCCCAGUUUUGAUGCACCAGCUUCCCAGCCGGCACUGGGCGGCUUGUCAUUUGGGUCAACCCCAGCGCCGGCGGCCUCGCCCGCACCGGCCCCCGCACCGGCGCCCCCUGCUUCCACGGGCGGCGGCUUUGGUGGGUUCUCCUUUGGGCCUUCGAGCGCGGCUGCGUCGGCUGCCGCCAGCGCCCCGGCGCCCAGCUUUGGCGCGCCUGCUGCAAGCGCCCCCGCUGCGGCCACGCCCUCCUUCGGUGGGUUUGGAGGUACCAGUGGCGGCUUCUCUCUGAGCAACCCAGCACCGGCGAGCUCUGCUGCCGCGCCCAGCUUCGGCCUGGGCGGCACCUCACUGGGCGCGUCCUCCUCGCCCGCGCCAUUUUCUUUCACACUCGCCUCGGGCUCCGCUGCGACUCCUGCCUCCGGCGCUGCGCCCGCUGCUCCACCUGUGUCAGGUGCCCUGCCUGCGGCCAGCUCAGCCCCAGCAGUGGCAGCCAGCUCUACUCCGGCGCCGCUAUCCUUUGGGUUUGGCAGCGCUGCUGCUUCCGCUCCACCCUCCUCCCUCACAGUCGCCAUCCCUUCCAGCGCAGCACCCGCCGCAAGCGCCCCUCCGGCCGCUGCGCCGGCCUCUGCGCCCGCUGCCACCACGGCGCUGGUCCCACAGAUCCCCUCUGAGAUCAAGGGCAAGACGGUGGAGGACAUAAUAAGCCAGUGGGACAUGGAGCUGGAGAAGCGGUCGCGCGCUUUCAUGGGCCACGCCAUCGCGCUGGCCGACUGGGACCGCGCCAUCCUCGCCAACCGCCACUCCCUGCUCACCGUCGAGGAGCAGCUGCGCAAGGCGGCUGCUGGGCAGGAGGCGCUGGAGAAGAAGGUGGGCAUGCUGGAGACGCACCAGAAGGAGAUCCACGACGCGCUGCUGUCCAUGGAGAACGAGGCCGCCCGCCUCUACCAGGAGGAGAAGGGCAUGGCGGACGAUGAGGCGAGGCAGCGCGACGCCCUGUACGAGCGCGCAGAACGCCUUGCCUCCACUCUGGCCGCCAUCGGCGACUCCCUGCGCGAUGCGGUCGCCGAUGUCAACGCAGGCAAGUGUUGUCGAUAUACAGGAGCUGCUGCGUCCAUGGGCGACACAUCGACGCCGCUCGGAAAAGCUGUGCGCAUCCUGAACAAUCAGCUGCAGGCGCUGACGGCCAUCGAUGAGCGCACUGAUGCCCUCGAGACCCGCCUGGAUAAGCUCUCUGCUCCUGCCAAUGGCAUGGCUUGA